AUGAGCACCUCUGCUGGAAAGCAGAUCGUACAAUAUGGCCUUACAGAAGUCUACGCGGCGACAGAUCCUCUAGUCGACAUCGUUUUCGUGCAUGGAUUGAACGGGCAUCCCCACGAUACUUGGUCUACCAAGAAGCCCGACGUCUUCUGGCCGGCUGACCUUCUCCCUGCGGCGCUUGAAGACCAAAGACCCCGAAUUCUGACCUACGGGUAUGACGCGAAUGUGACCGCUUUUACCGAUGGCGUGUCAAAGGACAAGAUACAUAAUCAUGCAGAACAUCUUGCAAGUCGCUUGGUGGCCAACAGAUCGAGCAUUCGACGUCACCAACACACCGAACGACUUCGAUCAAUCUACGUCAGCACAUAUGGAAUUCUCUUUCUUGGAACUCCUCACAAUGGCUCUGACCUAGCCAAAUGGGGCUCCUUGCUCGAGAAGAUCUGUGCUGUCGCACUUCCGAAGAAGUUCUUCGAUACGUCUCCUCAACUGGUGCAGGCGCUGCAGACCAACAACGAGACGCUGCAGAAUAUCAAUAGGCUUUUCAUUGAAAUAAUUAGCCGCUUUCACAUCUACUUCUUCCACGAGUCAAAGCCUACCGAUCUAAAAGGUACCCGAUCAUUCGUCGUGGAGGAAGAUUCCGCCGCUCCUGUCAUUGAAGGUGUCGAAAGAAUGGGAAUUGAAAAGGAUCACAGCCAUAUGUGCAAGUUCGAAGAUGAAUCAAGCCCAGGCUAUGAUGUCGUCGCCGAAGCUGUUCAGAGAUACGCCACUGCGUCCCAGUCGCUCAUCCACUCACGCUGGGAGGAAGAGAGACGAGUCGCCGAAUUUGAAAGGCAAGCAGCUGCACGUGAAUUGUUGGGUGAUAGCAUUUUUCAGACGAGCGCAGGAGCCUUGGGCGCAGUUACACCUUCUGGGAUUGCGCAAACAAUCCAGUCAAAUUCAAUGAGUGCGCCUCCUCCCAAACAGAUCUCCGCGUCAACUUCACCCCAGUAUGAGGUUGAAGAGGUCGAGGACGAUCUCGUCACUGCACCUCGUUGA